CUAACCACACCGCCCAACCACUCCAGGAAGUGGAGUCCAUUCCUCGUUAUUCUGAGACGCUGCCUGGGGCGCAAUUCAACUGGCCCGAGGACCAGGCAGUCAGCAAAUCUGGGUCAUCAUGUGGGCGGAUUGGAAGGCCCCGUCGCCCUGUCCCACGUGCACCUGUUCCCAGUCAGACAGAUGGGGGUGUUCCCUGCGAACAGUCGCCCGGAAAGAGGCACACGAGAAGUCCAUACGGCGGAAGGGGGCCUGGCGGGCGCCUGAACCCAGGCGCGGUGGGGAAAGAAAGAAGAGAAAGGCGUCGCCAAAAAGCACAUGGGCUUCGUCGCCGAUACCAUUGGCUGGAGCCUGACCACUGGCCGCGCUCUGCGUUGAGGGAGCCUUGAGGAAGGGCGACAAGCGACGGAGUCUUCGUCUUGUUCUAGUAAAGGCCGAAGCGAGCGGGCUGGAGGCCGUGCCUGAAGUUGCCAGUAGACUGCGCGUAGGUUGUCGGGAGCUCGCCUGCUUCCCCUUGACUCCUCCUUCCAGCAACCUCUCGCCUCAGCCUCCUGCAUGGCUUCCCCGACGGAGUGACCCAGUUCUGAGAGACUAUUACUCAUAUGGAAUCCUCUCUCGGGAUCAAGAUGAUGGGGAAGAACUGACCAACACAUAAAUGGAAUGUUUACCCUUGCAGAAGUUGCAUCUCUUAAUGACAUUCAGCCAACGUACCGUAUUCUGAAACCAUGGUGGGACGUGUUUAUGGAUUAUCUAGCAGUUGUUAUGCUAAUGGUCGCCAUUUUUGCUGGAACCAUGCAGCUGACCAAAGAUCAGGUGGUCUGUUUGCCAGUGUUGCAGUCUGCUGUAAAUGCAAAAGCGCAGCCCAGCUCCUCGGGAAGUGCCAAAGCUACAAAUGUUGUAUCAGAAUCAACUGCAGUCCCAGACAAAGAAACGCAGGCAGUGAGUACUGUUUCCUUUGACAGGGCACCUGUUGUCACAACUGACAUACCUCUCAGCAGAUCUACCUUUCCACCAUUGCACUCCACCAUUACAAAUCAGGAAGAGAAGAAGGAGCAGAAGGAUCCUCUGGGCCGAAAAACUAACUUGGAUUAUCAGCAAUAUGUUUUCAUUAACCAGAUGUGCUACCACUUGGCUCUUCCAUGGUAUUCAAAGUAUUUUCCCUACUUAGCUCUUAUACAUACUAUCAUUCUAAUGGUCAGCAGCAAUUUUUGGUUUAAAUAUCCAAAAACUUGCUCAAAGAUUGAGCACUUUGUUUCCAUCCUAGGGAAGUGUUUUGAAUCUCCAUGGACUACAAAAGCGUUGUCUGAAACGGCAUGUGAGGAUUCCGAGGAGAAUAAGCAGAGACUGACUGGCGCCCAGUCUCUGCCAAAGCAUGUGUCAACCAGUAGUGAUGAAGGAAGUCCAAGUGCCACUACCCCCAUGAUAAACAAGACUGGCUUUAAGUUCUCAGCAGAAAAGCCAGUUAUUGAGGUCCCUAGCAUGACCAUUUUAGACAAAAAAGAUGGCGAGCAAGCCAAAGCUCUCUUUGAAAAAGUACGGAAAUUCCGGGCCCACGUGGAGGACAGUGAUUUGAUUUAUAAACUCUAUGUUGUUCAGACUGUCAUCAAAACUGUGAAAUUCAUAUUUAUUCUUUGCUACACAGCGAACUUUGUCAAUGAAAUCAGUUUUGAGCACAGCUGCAUGCCCAAAGUGGAGCAUCUGACUGGCUAUCAAGAGUUUGAAUGCACACACAAUAUGGCUUAUAUGCUGAAAAAGUUGCUCAUAAGUUACAUUUCUCUCAUUUGUGUCUACGGUUUUGUCUGUCUGUACACACUCUUCUGGUUGUUCCGGUUACCCCUGAAGGAAUACUCCUUUGAAAAGGUUAGGGAAGAGAGCAGCUUCAGCGAUAUUCCAGAUGUUAAAAACGAUUUUGCGUUUCUCUUGCACAUGGUUGACCAGUAUGAUCAGCUGUACUCCAAGCGGUUUGGUGUCUUCUUGUCAGAGGUAAGUGAAAAUAAACUGAGGGAAAUAAGCUUGAACCACGAGUGGACUUUUGAAAAGCUGCGGCAGCACAUUUCCCGCAAUGCUCAGGAUAAGCAAGAACUCCAUCUCUUCAUGCUUUCGGGGGUCCCAGAUGCAGUCUUUGAUCUGACUGACUUGGAUGUGUUGAAACUUGAGCUGAUCCCUGAAGCUAAAAUCCCAGCUAAGAUCUCCCAGAUGACUAACCUUCAAGAGUUACACCUCUACCAUUGCCCUGCAAAGGUGGAACAAACAGCCUUCAGCUUCCUCCGUGACCACCUGAGGUGCUUGCAUGUGAAGUUCACUGAUGUGGCAGAAAUUCCAGCUUGGGUGUACUUACUUAAAAAUCUUCGGGAGUUGUACCUGGUAGGCAACUUGAACUCUGAAAAUAAUAAGAUGAUAGGACUUGAAUCUCUUAGAGAAUUAAGGCACCUUAAAAUUCUCUAUGUGAAAAGCAAUUUGACCAAAAUCCCAUCAAACAUCACAGAUGUGGCACCACAUCUAACCAAGCUUGUAAUUCAUAAUGAUGGCACCAAGCUUUUUGUGUUGAAUAGCCUUAAGAAAAUGGUGAAUGUAGCAGAGCUCGAAUUGCAGAAUUGUGACUUGGAGCGCAUUCCGCAUGCCAUUUUCAGUCUCACUAACUUGCAGGAACUGGAUUUAAAGUCAAACAGCAUACGCACAAUUGAAGAAGUCAUUAGCUUCCAACAUUUAAAAAGACUGACUUGUCUGAAGUUGUGGCACAAUAAAAUAGUCAUCAUUCCUCCUUCUAUUACCCACGUGAAAAACUUGGAGUCGCUUUACCUCUCCAACAAUAAACUCGAAUCUUUACCAGCUGCUGUGUUCAGUUUACAGAAACUCAGAUGCUUAGAUGUAAGCUACAACUCCAUUGCAGUGAUUCCUGUGGAGAUAGGCUUGCUCCAGAACCUGCAGCAUUUGCAUAUCACUGGAAACAAAGUAGAUAUUUUGCCAAAACAGCUGUUUAAAUGUACAAAGUUGAGGACUUUGAGCCUGGGGCAAAACUGUAUCACCUCAAUUCCAGAUAAAAUUGGCCAGCUGUUGCAGCUAACUCAUCUAGAGCUGAAGGGGAACUGUUUAGACCGUCUCCCAGUUACACUGGGGCAGUGUCGGCUUCUCAGGAAAAGUGGACUCAUCGUGGAAGAUCAUCUCUUUGACACAUUGCCUUCAGAAGUCAAAGAAGCAUUGAACCAAGAUACAAACAUUCCCUUUGCUAAUGGGAUUUAAACAGAGGUAGAACACCAAGUGACUAACGUAGAUUAUACUAAAAGUACACAUUGUUAUAAAAUCCUAUGUUAAAAUCUGGAACUUUUUUUGGGGGGGUAAGAAAGGACUGUUAAAGAAGGGUGGUAGAAGCUUGUUUGGUGUUUGUAGUAUUUUAAAACAUCAUUUCCAAAACAUUUUGGAGGGGAGAGAGGAAGGGGGGAGGGAAUCCUUAACCAAUCUUCUUUUUUUCUUUUAAGAUGUUUGUAACUUGGAUGCUGCCGCUUUUGAAUGUUUACAAACUGCUCGCCUGCUUAAUGUACAUGAUUAAACCAGUGACCUU